UCAUAAAAUUCGUCCUCUCUGCCAAAUAUCUCCCUUUCCUCUCCUCUCAUCCCUUCCAGACCCACUUCUGUGGAUCUCACACAUCCUGCCUGACUAGAAGACCCCCAAAACAACUCAGUGUUCAAAGUUCAAACCAUUCUCGAUCUAUACUCUCUCUUUCUCUCACUCUCUCUCCGGUGUCAGCAAUGGCUGACUAUAGUGGUGGUAUCUCUCUCCCCCAAGGAAGAGACCUGUUCCACACCUCUGACGAUGAGUCCUCCGAGCACAAUCCUCGAACUGGGCCCAUCCUCCCUGCUACGGCAGCUGGACAUGGCUCAUCAUCAUCGUCUAAGCCCAAGAAAACCAAAGGUACCAGUACUGCCGCUUGUGGCACUGAGUUUGGAUCAAUCACAGAGAUAUCCAAGAAACCAAGAGGCAGACCACCUGGGUCCAAGAACAAGCCCAAGCCUCCCAUUGUGAUCACCAAAGGCUGUGACUCCGCCGCCAUGAAGCCAGUGAUCCUCGAGAUAUCCGCCGGCUCCGAUGUGGUCAAGACGGUCAUGCAGUUUGCGAACAGACAACACGUGGGUAUCAGUGUCUUGUGUGGUUCCGGGUCCGUGUCGAACGUCACACUCCGACACCCUGUGUCCCACACGCCGAGCCUUACCCUGCAUGGACCCUUUAACCUCCUCUCUCUCUCUGGAUCAUAUUUGGGUUAUCCCACACCAACUUGCUCUACUAAACAACUUUCUUCUUCAUCUUGUCUUUCUGGCGCUGUUUCUUUUGCUUCUUGUUCUUCUUUUGGGAUAUGUCUUGCAGGGGCGCAAGGGCAAGUGUUUGGAGGAAUUGUUGGGGGGGAGGUUAUAGCGGCGAGUCUAGUGGUGGUGGUAGUCGCAACUUAUACAAGUCCGGCGUACCAAAGACUUCCCGGGGAGGCUGAUGAAUCUGAAGAUGAUCAGACUAAGGCUAACAUUGAUUGUAGUGGUGCUGGUACUGGAAAUGGAAGUGAAUCUUGCACUAGCAGUAACGCCAUGUCCGUGUCUGUUUACAGCGUUGGUAGUCCAACCCCACUCAGGCAGAUUGCUCCUGAUGUUAUGCUCUAGGUUCCCACCUAUCCACCCGCCUAAUGAAGUAGCAUUUAAAGAAUGAAUACGUAUUAUUACAUGCAGCUUUAAACAUACCCUCCGUACUUUACUCUCAGAUUUAAUCUCGAAACUGCAUGGGCAACUACUUUGAUUUGAGGAUAAUUUGUGGUUUAAAAGGAAAACUCAUUAGUUUUCUCUAAUUGGUAGCUUUAUCGGAGGAGUUUAUUCUCCGACCCAGUAAUUGCUCAGUCACUACGUACAAAUCCAACUGAUAUGAUCUGCAUUGUUAAUUUUCUUUGGUCUUAUUUUAUUAUCUAGAUCGCUGUUUUUAAAUUUCUUGGUUUAAUUCAUUGUUGUUCCAAAGUAAUAUGUUCGUGUACGUGGCUGGCUUUCAUAGUUACAUUCAGCUUGUUCGUAAAGUUUGAAGUGCUGAUCAUCUUUUCCAAGGCUUGGAUAUUGGUGGUGCCACUAAUUAAUGUUGGUUUGUGCUGCUUGCCACUAAAUGCCAAAUCAUGCCAGCGUUCUUCUGAAAUAGCAUGAUGGGGUUUCUCACCCUCGGGAAUUUAAGAGCGCCCUUGUACCAUCUGAUCCCUGGCAAGAAUAAUUAAUAAAAGCAUGAUAGACACAGCAAUAUGUGUACUCUCGCUGUGUGCAUUAAUUUUUAAUAUUCAUUGUUCAUUUUCCUAAAGAAAUUCCAACAUCUAAAAAGAUGAUUUUGACUCAAAAAAGGCCAUAAUUCCAUGAGCAUUCUACAAUUGAAAAUGUGUCUAAAGAAGUAAUGAAGCACAUGAUGUAUAUGGUUUGGGAAGUCAUGUUGUUUUUACCAAGGCUUGUCCAAAUUACAGUCAAAACACUCGGAACAUAUCACUACAAUAAAUACUGUAAGAAGCGUGAGAAUCACCUGAUAAAUGCUUGCCUACCUCCGUUCUCUAAUGUAUUGGCAUUUUGUCCUCUUUCAUCGUAUCUGCGUGUGAGAGAGAGAGAGAGAGAGAGAGAGAGAGAGAUGCUUUUGGUGGAGGGGAAAGUAUGACGAAAGAUGCUGUGUUGAAAACUGAAAACCUGGCCAUGAACAGAUGAGGUGACCGGGAAAGGGAAAGACUGACGGGGUAUAUAGUCCAUGGCGAUAGAGGUCUGAGAAGUGCAGAAGAGCAUGGGUGGGACUGCUCACGCGUCCGCCUCUCAUUGGCCUCUUCAAUUCCAAGGGCUUUGCAAGAGAAGAGAUCGAGAAACUAAUGAAAGCUGCAUGCAUUGACUUGCCAAGAAAAAGAAAAGGAAAGAAAAAGCUGCAUUGACUUGCUUUUACCCUUGUUGCUAGCUAUUACCCGAUACGAUUCCAGUAGGUCAAAGACGAGCUUUUCCUUGCAUCUUGUUUCUGGUGCAGUUUUUGCAAAAACAAGAGUGG